UCAUUAAGAAUUUUUUCAGAAGCUGCUGUUCAUUAAUUUAAUAUUAAACCAUUGAUUGAAUACAUUUAAAUUUAAUCAAUGACUAUGAUACCAAUAUUCCGUUUAAUCAUAAUCGCACGUAAGAUUAUAUUCAUUAAUUUCACUUCCAUACGUUCGUGACCAACGCUCGAUCGCGGAUCGCAGUCCGUCAAAACUCAAAAUGCUACAAAUAAUGAUCGUAUAACUUACUGAUAUACCUCAUAAUAAUAAUAAUUAUUAUCACAGUCUCGAUUUUCGAAAGUCAAGUCGUCGUCGUAGUCGCGACGCUUUGCUGCGAUAACGAACACAUCUUUCACGCCACGUUAUCAUCUCGCUCGGGCCAUAGACCACAGAACGAUUUAAUCGUCAGUCGACGACUGUGGUUUCCGAGUCCGUGGUUUUGGUAUUUGUGUGCGAGGGAAGGGGCGGUGAAAACGUAUUACAUUAUCGUGAAUGGUGAUACCGCCAUACGAUAUUAUUAUUAUUAUAUAUUUAUAUGCCAUUGCUGUAAUAUUGUGUAGACGUCAACAAAAAAAAAUCCUUAUCAACAUUUGUGCGCUCUCGCCCUCUCGGAAUUCGCGUUUGCGUCAAAAACGCAAAGAUCGUAACCCUUGCGCGGCGACUUACGUGUGUUUCGGUCAUAGGGUUCGGUUUUUUUUUUUUUUUUACAGAAAUUCUGGUUCGGACGCGAUACCCGAGUGACCACAGGCGAGUACCCACACACGGUUCGCCGAGAUGAUGAGCAGCCGCGCCGAUGGUCUGGUGCAAAGACGCAACGUCAACAGGGACAACGCGGACGGCGUGUCCAAGGAGAACGGCCAGUCGGCGGCUGACAAACUUGAUUACGAGGAGGACAUCGACGACGGUGACUCGAAAGAAACACGGCUCACUUUAAUGGAAGAAGUCCUGCUACUUGGUCUCAAAGACAAAGAGGGAUAUACAUCAUUUUGGAAUGAUUCAAUUUCAUCUGGUUUACGUGGAUGUAUACUUGUCGAACUUGCACUUCGUCAAAGAAUUGAACUAGAAAAAGCAGGCAUGCGAAGAAAAAGCCUACAAAUGAGAAAAGUAAUUAUAAAAAAUGAGACACCUACAGGUGAUGUUCUAUUAGAUGAAGCUCUCAAACAUAUCAAAGAGACCAAUCCUCCUGAAACAAUACAAAGUUGGAUUGAAUAUUUGAGUGGUGAAACGUGGAAUCCUUUGAAAAUCAAAUAUCAAUUAAAAAAUGUGAGAGAAAGAUUAGCAAAAAAUUUAGUUGAGAAAGGCGUUCUUACCACUGAAAAACAAAACUUCCUUUUAUUUGACAUGACUACUCAUCCAUUAACAGAUAAUGAAGCUAAAGUGAGACUAGUUAAAAAGGUACAAGAUGCUGUUUUGUCUCGAUGGAUUAAUGAUCCACAUAGAAUGGAUAAACGACUAUUGGCUUUAUUAUUACUGGCUCAAGCAUCAGAUGUACUAGAAAGUGCAUUUUCUCCACUAAAUGAUGAAGAUUAUGAAUUAGCCACUAGAAGAUUAAGAGAAUUAUCAGAUAUGGAUUUAGAAGUUGAAUCAAUGAAAGGUUCUACUAAUGAUGUUAUUUGGGCUGUAUUUGCCAAUUUCAAUAAAUAAGUUCAUUUAGCACCAAAAAGUUAACCAACAUUCUUAAUUCUUUUCUGGGAGAGAAUAUAUAUAUAUAUAUAUGUAAUAAAUAAUAUUGUUGUAUAAUCUUUUGCCAUUUUAUGAUUUAUUGAUUUUCGUAAUAAUAUUAUAUUUUUUAUUUAAAAUGCAUUGACUAGGUAAACCUAAUGUAUUUACAAAAAUGUAAAUAACUAGAAAGUUAACAGACUGUUGUACAAAAAAUAAUGGUUAAAUAUCUAAUGUGAAUGCCUUGUAAUAUACAUGUAUUAAUUAUUUUGUAAUACCUAAUAUUACUUUUUGGUCAUUAUGAGUUAAACUAAAAUUGUAAGUUUAUUAAUUUAUAUGAUACACUUAUAAAAAGACAUAUUUUCAUCUUAUAGUUCUGUAAUAAUACUGAUCAUAUAGCUACAAUUUUAGUGCCAUUUAUUCUUAAAUUCGCUAUUGUUAUUGAAAAUGUAUUUUUAGUUAAAUUUUUAUGUUGAAAUUUAAGAUCAUUUUGUUUUAUAAGUUUGAAAUAUAUUAUUCCUUUAUUAAAUUUACCAAUUUGUUUAACUGUUUUCAUUAUUCAAUAUUCAUAUAUCAUACUUAUCAACAUAUUUAUACUUCAAGUGUUUUUGGAUUUAAAUUAUAUUUGUAAAAAUAUCACAAAAAAAAAACUUUAAGUAUUUACGAUCAUUUACUUAGCUUUGUUAUAAGCAUUUUUAUAUAAUACAUUUCACUCCAUUGGAAAUAUUAUAAUAUGUUAUUGAUCAAUUAGUAUUGGUUAUUUACACCUAAUAUACCUUUUUUGUUUUGUUAUCUAUGUGUAUCUAAAGUUAAAUUCUUAUCUUGUUGUGCUAAUAUCAUAAUGUAAUGCUAUUUAUUUCUUACAUUAUGUUAUAAAUUAAAUGAAUAAUAUCUUAUAUAAUUUCAGCAGUGAAGUAUGAUAUGUGUAAACAAUGGUUGUAUGAAAAAGAAUGCUUUAUUUGGCUGUGAUGGGUUUUCAUAAAAUUUGUUUGAUAUAGUUAGUAAAACAUUUUAUACACAAAACGACUAUAACUGAAAAAUUUUAAUACACCAUCAAUAAUUAUUAUGUACCUACAUUAAACUUCAUCUAAAUUUAUUUAUUUUAACUUUUAAUUAUAUUGUGUUUAUUAUUUUGUAUUGUUUCCACUUUAUGUUUAAUAUUUCAAUAUUUUUUUUUAUUAGUAAAAUUAUAAGAACUCUACAGUAUGAUAUAAUUUGUUAAGUAUUAAAAUUGUUGCUUUUAAUAAUCUAUUAAGUUUAUUGUAUUGUGAGGGUUAGGAUAUGGGUAACAUUCUUAUUAUUUUUAUAAAUGACUUUAAAAAAAAAAAAAAAAAACAAAUAAAACAACAAUAUUUUACCAUAAUUUAUAUACAAGUGUAUGAUUAUAUAAUAAUAUUAAAUUAAUAAUUUUUAAAAAAAUGUAUAGUACACUAUAGAAAUACCAAUCAUUUCAAUUAUAAUGAUAAGCGGAUUUGUAGUGCUCAAAAAUUAAGUGGUAACCAACCUAUACCACAACUCCUGUUCUAUCUGUAGCCAUGGAUUCUCAUUAUUUUCAUCUAAUGCUUGCUGUAAUGUUGAAUACAUGCUCCUUUAUAAAUAACUAUAUUUUUAGUAUCCAUUGUUAACAUUUGUAACUGAACCUGAUGUAAACUAAGACUGGGUUGGUCAUUUCUUGCUUCUCGUAGCCCUGAUGUUAAUACCUAAUAAAAUAUUUACACAUAUAAUUUUAGUCUUCCAGUGCGCUGUCUACUUAAACAUAAUGACCUAUAAAUAAAAUUAUUUUAAUCUUAUAGAAAAAAAAAAUGUUUGUGUACUUUAUACAUUAUUUGAUUAUUUUAAUAAAAUAAUGAAUAGUAAUCUCUAGUGUACGAAUAUUUAAAGUAAUUUAAUAAUAAUUAAGAUAGAUGGUGUAAAAAUGAAUGCAAAUUGAACGACACUCAAAAAUGUCUAAAAUUCCAGGACAACUAUGUAUAUAAUAUAUAUAUAUAUAUAUAUGUAUUUGUUAAAAUAUACUUCUCAGAAUUAUACUUAUUUAAUAAUUUUGUAUUGAACUUGUGCCGUUUUAAUUGUAAAAAUUAAUGUUUACACCAUUUAAGUUACCUGUAAACAGUUGUUGUAUUAAAUUAUAUUCAACGUAAUAUGUAUGAUUAAUUUUUUAGGCUGCACUGUUGUUUCGUACAGAUAAAACAUAUUUACAAAUUUUAUUAAUAUAUACAUAUAUUAUAAUUUAUUAUUACUUUGUAUAAUCUAGACAUUAUAUUAUUAUAUAUACAAUAUACAUAUUACAAUACCUAAUAUUGUAUUAAAACAUCAGGUGCUCAAUACUUGCAGUAUAUGUUUUUCUUUUCACAUGUGCUGUCCAAUAAAUUGUAUUUGUAAAAAAAUA